CUUCGGAGAGUGGCUCUAAGCCCACAUCCAGAGGGGUCAGGGCUGAGGAUGGGGAGAAUCCUGGGUGCCCAGGAAACCAUGCCCUGCCUGAAAGCCCGGCCUGAAAGCCUGAAAGACUUGCCCUAAGAGAGCCCUUGGCAGCUGCCUGGUGAUUCCUACUUUGACCCUGCCCUGGGUGAGGAGCUCCUCAACAUGAACUACAACCUCUGCUUAAUCUUCAUGUGCCUAAGUCUCUGCACUCAAAGGAUGUGUGUCCAGGGGAAUCAGUUUAACAUCGAGGUCGGCAGAAGUGACAAGCUUUCCCUGCCUGGCUUUGACAACCUCACAGCAGGAUAUAACAAAUUCCUCAGGCCUAAUUUUGGCGGAGAACCAGUUCAGAUAGCACUGACUCUCGACAUUGCAAGCAUUUCUAGUAUUUCAGAGAGUAACAUGGACUACACAGCCACCAUAUACCUCCGACAGCGCUGGACGGAUUUGCGGCUGGUGUUUGAAGGCAACAAGAGCUUCACUCUGGACGCACGCCUUGUAGAGUUUCUCUGGGUCCCUGACACUUACAUCGUGGAAUCCAAGACCUCCUUCCUACAUGAAGUCACUGUGGGAAACAGACUCAUUCGCCUCUUUUCCAAUGGCACGGUCCUGUAUGCUCUCAGAAUCACAACGACUGUUGGAUGUAACAUGGAUCUGUCUAAAUACCCCAUGGACACACAGACAUGCAAGUUGCAGCUGGAAAGCUGGGGGUAUGAUGGGAACGACGUGGAGUUCAGGUGGCUGAGAGGGAAUGACUCUGUGCGUGGGCUGGAAAACCUGCGGCUUGCUCAGUACACCAUACAGCGGUAUUUCACCUUAGUCACCUGGUCACAGCAGGAGACAGGAAAUUACACACGAUUAGUCUUGCAAUUUGAGCUUCGAAGGAAUGUCCUGUAUUUCAUUUUGGAAACCUAUGUUCCCUCCACUUUUCUGGUGGUGUUAUCCUGGGUUUCGUUUUGGAUCUCCCUGGAUUCAGUUCCUGCAAGAACCUGCAUUGGUGUGACCACUGUGUUGUCAAUGACCACACUGAUGAUCGGGUCCCGCACUUCUCUUCCCAACACCAACUGCUUCAUAAAGGCCAUCGAUGUGUACCUGGGGAUCUGCUUCAGCUUCGUGUUUGGGGCCCUACUGGAAUAUGCAGUUGCCCACUACAGCUCCUUACAACAGAUGGCAGCCAAAGAUAGGGGGACAGCUAAGGAAGUGGAAGAAGUCAAUAUUACUAACGUCAUCAACAGCUCCAUCUCCAGCUUUAAACGGAAGAUCAGCUUUGCCAACAUUGAAAUCUCCAGUGAUAAAGUCAACUAUAGCGACCUGACAAUGAAAACCAGUGACAAGUUCAAGUUUGUCUUCAGAGAUAAAAUGGGCAAGAUUAUCGACUGUUUCACAAUUCAAAACCCCAGCAAUGUUGAUCGGUAUUCCAAGCUUUUGUUUCCUUUGAUUUUUAUGCUGGCCAAUGUAUUUUAUUGGGCAUACUACCUGUAUUUUUGAGACUCUAAUCUUGAAUUUUUUGCAUGCUGCUGGUCUUCAACAGAACAAGGUAAUGAUGUUAAUGUUACCCUAAUCCAAAUAGGCACCCUAACUCAAUGGUGCUGCAAGUCACUAAAAUAAUAUUUAUUUCUCUGAAAAGAAUUGACCUCAAACCAUUAUUCUAAGCUAUGUAGAAGUCCUACCAUUACAGGGUUUUGAGAAAGAAACAUCAGCCCAUUACUCUUUUAAGUUUUUGAAGGACAUUCCUGCAGAUCCCAAGACGAUAAGCCCACUCAGGGUUGACUAUGUGGUCAAUGGCUCCCUGGUCUGCAUUUUUGUCGUUGUUAGUUGCUGUGGAGUUGAUUUCAACACACAGUGACCCCGUGUGUGCAGAGUAGAACUACACUCCAUAGGGUUUUCAAGGUUGUGACCUUUUAGAAGCAGAUGGCCAGGACUUUCUUCCAAGGCUUCUCUGCCUGGGCUUGAAAUGCCAGCUUUUCAGCUGGUAAUUGAGUGCUUCACCAUUUGUGCCACACAGGAAUUUUGGUCUGCAUUUACCUCUCAUAUAAAAAAUGAGAAGAAGACCAUUACAUGCAUUAGGUAACCCUCAAGUGUUAGGGGUUGUUUCUAAAUUAACGAUACAUGGUAUUUACUAAAUUUCUUCAGUGCUUAUAAAAUGCACUGCUGCCUAUUUAGACAGUAACAUCUUCUAGUUUUUGUUUUUUAUUAAAAUGAAAUGUGAGCCUAUGUCAGUUUACUGGAAUUCACUGCACAGUUACUGAUAACUCAACACCAAGGUGAUUUUUCAAUAUAUUAUUUAAUACCAAAGCAGAAUUGUCCCCAAAUUCCAAAAAGUCCUGCCGCCAAGAAAUCAAAUGCAAACAAAGAAAAAUUUAGUGGAUCAGUAAUCUCAGUGGCAUCACUAGGGGGGUGUGCGGGUGUGAACCACACCAGGUGACACUGUCAGAGGCAGUGACGCCAAACUGACUGUCUAUAAAAUUUGUGUGCCGUGUUCUAGCAGAAAUUUGGUUUUUAUAAAAAUAUCCUUGUAGUUAGUUAUGACAGCAGAAACAUUUUUCAUAAGCCCAGCUUACACGUACCGAUAUAACUACAAGGCUACAACUCUAUGCUCAUUUACUUUCGAACCGUCUAAUGCCUUCCAGUCAGAGCUGUCACUAUUACCCAAUUUCAGUGAUUCUUCGAAUAACGUUGUUUUCGUUGUUGCUGGUUGUUUUACAGUUGCUGAUUCUGUCAAAUGUUCUGGUGUUUUAGCUACAAUAUUGUAGUAAUUAGUAUUUGUGAACCUAUAGCAAUAACUUUUUUGAGAAGGAGGUAGUAAUUAAAAGAAAAAAUCAAAAAAGGCUUCUGCUUAGUUAGUAGUGAUGUUGUAACUAAUAAUGUGGUAAUUCAAUGUAGAAAGGCUUUACAAAACCAUUUUUUGUUAGUAUCAUAUAAUCUAACCUGACACAAAGACUUGCAGAACUGAGUCCAUUUUCCAGCUGCCUUUAUUCACAUACUAGUGAGGUGCUAAAAACAGUAAGCUGACACAUUCAGAGAUUCAGAGAGUUCCCUGUCAAUUCUACUGCACUGACCCUGAGCAACUCUUUUCCCCAACAGCAGAUCCCUUGCAUCCUUCCAAGAGGAGCUUCAAUUCCUGUGCUGUAAUGACCAGGAAUGAUGCUUGUUAGAUAACCAGCUUCAUUCCCCAGGAGCGAAUGGCUUAGCUCAGUAAAUUCAGCUUUGCUCAGAUGCCAGCCUUCUAGCUGGACUCCUCUGAGUGGCUCAUCAUUGCGUGAGCAAGAGGAUGUUGGCCCUGAGUUCUGAACUUUCUGAGUAACAAUGGGACAUGUUACAGAAUCUACUUUCGGGCUGCAAAUAAGGCAUCUUCUCCAAGUUCAGCCAGCCUGAUCUUGACAUAAGAAGCACCAGUGUGUACCUUCCCCUGCUUAUUGGCCAAGCUAAGCGAACAGUUGUAUAACUGAUGCUUUGCAACUGCACCAGGAUAAAGGCUUCCGGUUCAGCCUCAAUCGUUUUAAAGAACCUUGCCAUCUCUAAUUCUUUAGCUUCCUUUUCUAAUAAAUGCAUGCCUUACCGCUCCUUUCAGGUAAACCAUGGCUUUGGAAGGUUAUUUCUCUUUCAACAGGCCAAGAAAAUGGUAAGGUCCAAUGCAGAAGAGGUGUUAGUAAUCCCAUAUAUCUACAGGCUCUUACUCUUUUUCCCAUUACGAUAGUUCUCAUCAUUCAGUUUCUAUGAAUUUGAUCAGCUGGGUAUUUAACAAUAAAAUGUUUUUAAUGGGAAUGGGGGAAUUAAAAGAGGUGGAAUAUGACUGUAAGUUUAAUUGUAUUUAUGACCUAAAAAAGAGAAAAUUUAAAAGGAAAUAUUUUUGCUUUUAAAUCCUAUUCAAGCAUUAUGUGAACAAAACUGUAAAGAUGUGAAACUGUGAAAUAAAUACACCAAAUUAGCAAA